AUGUCUAAUCUUGUUGAACUGAUCGAGAAUUCGCAUACGAAGCCGACAGACGACGAGGUCCAACAGAAUGUCUUUAACGAGUGCUACAAAUACUUUGUGUCUCUGGAGCAAGAACAUCUUUUUUGCGACAAAACGUCUGCACAGAUCGCGUGCUACUUGUUAGUGAUUUGCAUAGCGUUUGAUGAUUCAGAGAUAUUGGACAACAUUAAAUCGAAAACGAGAAACUCGCUUGAUCGAUGUCCAAAGUGCAUUGUUGGAUUCCAUGAGGCUAGAGCAAAUGCGAGAAACGACCUGCUAUUGAAGAGAAACCUUCCAUACGAUAAAAUCUCCAUCGUGAUUCAGAGAGUUUUCCAGUGGGAAGCCCAAUCUUUGGUGGAUCGUCUUUCAAAACUUCAGUUUACUCGGGACGAAGACCUUCUACAGGAUACAGACGUGCUCAAUACAAUCACCGAGUGUUUGAUCUGUCCUCAGCUGCUAAGAACAAACGAAAACUUGAAGACCCUUUGUUCUCAUCUUUUAGAGGAGGUCACUAAACAUAGAUCCAUCAAACCAAACCUCGACGUGUUUGCUGGAAUCCUUUACUUUAUGUUUGAAGGAUCCGAAUACCAAAGGGAUUGGGCUUUGUCUUGCAUCUCGGAGAACCUGAAACCGUCUAGUUUUACGUCCUCGUUCAUGGAAGAGUACGAGAUUCAUUUCUUCAAUAUCCAAGACCCAACAUUUUUCAACGCGGAAAACUGCAUCAACUUUUGGACAAACAUCAUCCCUUUUCUGAGACAGUGCAACCAGCAAUCGAUCAUGGUUCUUAAUUAUCCUAAUACCGCUUCUGCAUUCGAGAAAACCGCUUCAUUCAAAGUGGUUCCUCUCAUACAAAUAUUCAUCAACCAAAUCAUGUCGUACUUGAACGCCCCAUUGCCGUUUCUUCUGCGUGCAUUUUCAGUGUUUCUGGGCAAGCUCGAGAACAGCUUUUGGGAACUCGUCCAGCCUCACACGUACCUCAAUUUUUUUGACGUCUCGUUCAACAGUCCUCAUUACACGCGUUUUCUGGACACUCUAGAUCUGAAGAACGAUAAACCAAGCUCCACUACACCUGCACUAGAGGAUCUGAUAAACUGGAUCUAUCCUCUUUACCGUUCGGUCACCCCAUCACAGAAAACCCAAACAGCAUGUAUUGUCUUCAAAUACUUUAUUGACAAAAUCUCGCGACCAAAGUAUGGCUCUCUGUUGGCGUGCAUGGGUGCAGACAUCAUAACAGACGAGAUCAAGUUGCAGAACCCCUUGUUUGACGUGAAGCUUACUGUCGAACUAUACAGCAAGUCCGAUGCACGGGCUUUAAUAGACAAAAAGAGCAUCACGUUGUUUGACGCCAUGUCGAACCCAGCAAUAAAGGCCAAGGCUGUCUCCGCGAUUGUUUCCUCAAUGAUGUACGAUGUUGCAUCUCUGGCUCAAGCGAGCCAUUUUCUGGCCAAAUACGAUUCCAGCACCAUGUCUACUUUAAACAUGGAUCUUUGGAUUUUGGUUUCUCGGAAAUUGUCUGCACAUGACACGGAUUUCGCGAGAAACCUGCUAUACAGUUUAGAUGAGGCCAGCUAUGUGUUUUCCAUUGACAUAACUCUUUUGAAGAUCAACUUCAAAAGCUCCAAAAACCCAUCAGACGAAAGGUUGCGGGAGCUGGUGGCAGCAUGCAGCAAGCAAAACAAAAAUGUCACCAUGUUUUCUACUUCUGUGGAGGCAAUACUGAGUAGGAUGUCCGAUUUCUUCACUGGAGCUCAUUUAAAGGAAGUUUUGCAAGACCUGCCAGCCUCUAUUGGUCUAUGGAAAUGUAUUUGUUCAUGUGAGGAAAAGAUGUACGACGCUGCAGUUGGUUUACUAUAUGAGACGUUCGAUGUUGAUGGAAGACUCGAGGCCAUCAAGGAAUUGUUCAAUUUGGACUUGGCUGUGACUUUGGAGGCAGCAAAAGAAGCAUUUAGAAGUUUGACCAAGUUGCAACAGUUCAAUGCUUCCAAAAGAGGAGUCAGAGUGCUGAUGGAUAUUGUGCAAUGUCUGAUGAAUCCAAUUGAUGGUGUUCUGAUCGACCCAUCGCAGUUGAAUAACUCCACGCGGAACAUACUGGCUCAGUUCUGGGAAAGAUGCUGGAAGUUCCUGACCAUGAUAUAUGUCAAGACCUUUGACUGGUCGAAGGAAUACGAAAAGGUUAAAGCGCACGUUCAAAAUACACAGCACAAUGAGCAGAUCACAAGAACGCUUAUGGAUUUUACCAGAGACGUUUUGGAACUCUCUCAAACAAUGGUGGAUGGGUACAAAAUGAUGGUUGGGUGUAUCCAAUUUACGGGCAUGACAGAGGAACAAAUCAAAAACGUUCAACAGAGUCUGAUGCAGCCUGUUUUGAACGCCUUCGAAAGAACAGUUUACUGGCUCAGACUGAGCGACAGCGCGUUGCUAUAUCUCUGUGUUCAGUUGACAUUGACUUCUUUGGAUCUGGUGGAUGAACUACAGCUCGAAUUUGGUCAAACCUCAUUAGCCAUUCUGGCCAAGUUAUGCACCAAGGCCAAGAAGUUCAACAACAAUCUAUCUGAGGAGCAGAGAGGAGCGAUUUUGGUUCGUGUGCGGAAGUUCAACAGCGACUUGGUGGAUCAAAUAGUUGCUGAGACUGAAAGUAUCCGCAAAGGUCUGGAACCAGCCAAACCAGUCUCGAAAUCUGUCACGCCUGUUGAGGAAGAGUCGACAACCAGACCAAAGGUGCCAGCCAAACAAUCAACGCUGGCAAGCUUCUUGUCGUCCAAACCAUACGUUCCUGAACCUCCUCCGGCCCCUAAGCGUCUGUCAAUGCUCGAACAGGCGAGACUGCAACUUUCUGAAAAACGUCGACAGGAACCAGCUCCAGCCAGACCGUCUGGAUUCAACAGGAAGACCAGGCUUGCCGAAUCGGAUACCUCUGGCUCCGAGUCUGAAAGUGACAGUGAAAACUCUUUGUUCACUAGAGAACAGGUUGUUGCAAAGUUGAAGAAAACCAAGGCUGCUUUGCAGUCAUUGCAGCCAAGAGGCAAGCCUAUGACUGUUCGGGGAGCAGGGGUUGCACGUAACGUUGACUUGAAGAAGAAGGCCGAAGAAUUGAUGCGGUUGCGUUUGAAUGUCAACAUGAACCCGCUGUACAAUGAGUUGCUGACUUGGUCGUACUUCCGAGACAGCGAGUAUCCUGAUGACGACCAGCAAAAAUACACGGCCAUCAAGAACACGUUCCAGAAUGCAGAGGACUAUCAAAGGACAUUCAGACCGCUUUUAUUGCUCGAAUGUUGGCAAUCUAUUCAACGAGCCAAACAGGUUUCUCAAGAGACUCCGUUCAAGAUCACCAUUGGUUCGCGAUCUGUGACUGACAACUUCUUUGAUGUCUUUGCAUCAGCAAAACGGGAAGUGAUCACCGAGCAGAAGUGCGUUGGAGACAGCGAUCUUGUGGUGUUAAUGUUUAUUGAAAACCUGGAAGGAGAAUCCAAGAUCACCAGGAAGAUGCUCGCCAGUUGCAAGCAUGCCUGUUUUGGCCGUGUCAAGAACAUCAAGAACAACCACAACGGGUUCUCUGAUAUCACGAUCCGAAUCUCAACAAAGUCUAGCUUAAGAGCUUUCCUGAACCCUGCUACAGAGAUUGUUUGCAUGCGAGUUGUUCAAAUGACGACUCUUGAGCGUGAAUACUCCUCGUUGCAAGGUCUAAAGUAUUAUGACUUGAGCAAAGAAAUCAUUGGAGCUGUUCCGUCGGCAGUUGAGAAGGUGGAUCCUGUUCUGGUUGGAAAGAUGAAACAGAUGUACGCAGUCAACGACUCGCAGGCAAAGGCCAUUGCUGGCAGUGUCCACAAGGAUGGUUUCUCUUUGAUCCAAGGUCCACCAGGAACUGGUAAGACCAAAACUAUUUUGGGUAUUAUUGGUUAUGCAUUAACUUCUGGCAACACCAAUGUGAUUUCUGUUCCUGGCGAGCAGAAAGUGUCUCCGAAACGACGGAUUCUAAUCUGUGCCCCAUCGAACGCCGCAGUGGACGAGCUGGUCUUGCGUCUUAUGGGCGGAAUCAAGAACGCCAAGGGAGAGAACUACAAACCGAACAUUGUUCGUUUGGGACGGUCUGAUGCGGUGAACGCUCAGGUCAAGUCCACCACAUUGGAAGAGCUUGUGGAUGCCCAGCUCAGUGCUGGCAACACCAUGUCUGACGACUCCAAGAUCCGUGAAGAACACCGCAAAUGUGUCAAAGAGAGAGACGAUCUGAGAAAUAAGCUGGUCAGUGAGGAGCUUUCUGCAGACGAGGUGGCCAAGCUGGAGAUGAAAUUGCAGGAGGUGGUCCAAAAGAGAAAGGAGCUGGGAAGAAGACUCGACGAACUACGUGAGCAAAACUCCGUGAAACACAGAAACAGAGAGAUCGAGCGCAGGAACGCACAGUACAAAAUUCUCAGCUCGGCAGAGGUGGUGUGUUCCACGCUUUCUGGGUCUGCGCACGAUGUUCUUGCUGGGAUGUCGUUCACCUUUGACACUGUUGUGAUUGACGAGGCUGCGCAGUGUAUUGAGCUCAGCGCUAUUAUUCCACUGCGGUACGGAGCCAAAAAGUGUAUCAUGGUUGGAGACCCCAACCAGCUUCCACCAACAGUCUUAUCACAACGGGCUGCCGAAUUCAACUACGAACAGAGUCUUUUCGUCAGAAUGCAAAAUAGCCACUCCAACUCGGUGUAUUUGCUGAAUAUGCAGUACCGUAUGCAUCCGGAGAUUUCUAAGUUCCCAUCGAAGGAGUUCUACGACUCCAAGUUGCUCGACGGUCCGGGAAUGGCAGAGAUGAAUGCCAAGCCAUGGCACAGUAUCACAGAGUACGGGCCAUAUAGGUUCUUUGAUAUCCAGGGUAGCCAGCACCAGAAUGAACAGACAAAGUCUCUGUUCAACUACCAGGAGGCCAAGAUAGCUUUGGAGAUCGUGUCCGAUUUGUUCAGGCUGUACCCGGACGAAAAUUGGUCGGGCAAGAUUGGUAUUAUUUCUCCGUAUAAAGAGCAGAUCAGGUGUCUCAGAGAAGUGUUCAUUCAGAAAUACGGGUACCCAAUUACGAAGGAGAUCGACUUCAACACAGUGGAUGGAUUCCAAGGUCAGGAGAAGGUGAUUGUGCUAUUCUCCUGUGUUCGUGCUGGCGAACAGAACUCUGGAGUUGGUUUCUUGGCCGAUGUUCGUCGUAUGAACGUGGCUUUGACCAGAGCACGGUCGUCGCUAUGGGUUCUCGGAAGCAAACAGACCCUGACUUUGAACAAGACCUGGAGACACCUUGUGGAAGACCUGUACGAGCGAGGUCUUGUGACCAAAGCCAGUCCUGGGUUCACCAAGAAUAAUUCCAGGGCACCAGUGGAAUCUGCUAAGAAACGCGAUCAGCAGGCGGCAGAAUUAGCACACGGGCCAAAGAAACAGAAACUCGACACGAUGAGCUACUCGUCGCUCAACAACACGAAAAAACGGCCUUCCAAGUCCAAGCCUGCCAAACCACAGCUGUCUGCUCCUGCACCGCCCGAAGCCGGCUUACCUAAUAUUCCUAAUAGGCCAGCAGCAAAGCCCCAGAUUCCGAGCGGGCCUACUGGACCCGACGGUAACGGUCUGAUCAAGAUCAGCAAGCCCAAGCCCAAGUUCCCGCGCAGACCCAACCGGAACUGA